UCGAGUCAUUCGCAAAUAAAAAUUAGCAUUAAAAUGUCUAAAUUUCGGCUAACCAGUGCUCUUUGCGGAUAUAUUCUUGUGGUCAACUUGAUUGUUAAUGAUGCAGCUAUAUUUAAGUUCACAAAUGUGGCUUGCGAGACCUAUAAUAAAUCAUGGGUUACUUUUUCACAAUGCCGGUUAAAAGCUGUAAGUCGGGAUCGGGUUUUUUUGAAUAUUCGAGCAUACAUACAUUAUCCAGCGCAUAGAAUAAUGGUUCACGGGAAAAUUUUCAAAAGGGCCAAUGGCUAUAAGCCAUGGCUGUAUGAUAAAAAAGUUGAUGCUUGCGCUUUUAUUCGCCGAAAAUCCAACCCCCUCGUUCUUUUAGUCUAUAAUUUUUUCAAAGAUUUUUCUAAUAUCAACCACACCUGUCCUUACGAGGGUGAACAGAUUAUAAAGGAUUUGUACUUGCAACAAGAUCUAUUACGCGUACCUCUUCCCAGUGGCGAUUAUAUGUUGACCCUUCAGUGGUACUUCGAUAAAAAGCCCCAAUUCGACACAAAUGUUUCCUUCUCGUUUGUCGAAAAUAUUAUACCUUAAACAAAUCAUAGAAACACAUUCUUUA